AUGCCUGAUGCCUGCCGCGUCCUCCCUCGUGCUCGACGGGUCGUCGGCUGGCUCGCCGCGAGCCUGACUGUCACGCUCGCGGCCGAGGCCACCGAGCCGCGGAUCGAGCGCGGCCUGGUGGUGUGCCGUGUUGCUGGGCAGCCGAUCGAAGCCGACUGGGUCUGGCCGGCCGUGGGCACUUCUCGCGGGCGCGCUGUGCUGUUUGUGCAUGGUGGUGGCUGGAGCGCCGGCAGCCGGCGAGAUUACGAGCCUCUCGCGCUCGCCCUCGCGGCCCAGGGCUACGCCGGCCUGCUGGUGGACUACCGCCUCGCCCCCGCCGUGCGACACCCGGAGGCCGUGCAGGAUCUCAACUGCGCGCUGCGCUGGCUGCGGCGCGUGGCGGGCGAGCGGGGCGUGGAUCCGGAUCACGUCGCCGUCAUUGGCGGCUCGGCCGGUGCCCAUCUGGCCGGCUGGCCCGGCCCAGCUGGCCGAGGCCAGCACCGUGAGUCGCGUGUCACCGGGUGGGCCGUACACGCUGAUCCUGCACGGCGCGCAGGACCCACUCGUGCCACCCGACCAGGCAAAGCGCCUGGCUGCCGCCCUGGCACGGUCUGGGGUGCCCCACCGCCUGGUCAUCAUCCCGGGCGCCGGGCACGCCGAUUUCGGUACUGA